CUCUCUCUCUCUCACUCACUCACUCUCCUCCCAUUUAGCGCUCGUCUCCACCGCAUAGUGGAGUCCAGGCUUUGCGGCACAGUGGCGCACCGUCUCUGGACUUUUCAUCUUGUGCCAAUGAGACGCAGCGUGAAUCGCUCUUCUCACUUGGGGAAUAUCGGCUCUGGAUACUCUGCGUACUGCGACUGAACGCUUUGGGCGCUCUUGAGAAACACGUGAUCUGGAGUCGGUGUCAAUAAAAAGGAGAGUCUGAUGAGCCUGGCAAGUGUGGCAGUGUCGGCGACGGUCUUCCAGGGCGGGGCCCGCCAGCGAGACUUGAUGAUGGAGCACAAAGUCAGCAAGCUGACCUCUGGAUUCCAGCGGAGCUCCACCUCCGACGAUGACUCGGGCUGUGCGCUGGAGGAGUACGCCUGGGUACCACCUGGCCUCCGGCCUGAACAGGUCCAGUUAUAUUUCUCCUGUCUGCCUGAGGAUAAGAUUCCCUAUGUGAGCAGUCCGGGAGAGAAGUUUAGAAUCAAGCAGCUCCUCUACCAACUUCCACCGCAUGAUAAUGAGGUGCGUUACUGCCAGUCCCUCAGCGAGGAAGAGAAGAAGGAGCUGCUUAUGUUCAGUGUGCAGAGGAAGAAGGAAGCACUGGGAAGGGGCACCUUGAAACUUCUGCCCCGUAAUCUUCUGAACAACAUUUGUGGCCAUUGUGGUGAAACGAUCAACGGUGGAGAAAUGGCAGUGUUCUCCUCGAGGGCGGGCCCUGGACUGUGCUGGCACCCCGCAUGCUUCGCCUGCUCCACGUGCAGUGAAAUGCUGGUGGAUUUGAUCUACUUCUACCAUGAUGGAAAAAUCCACUGUGGAAGGCACCAUGCUGAGCUCCUCAAACCGCGCUGCUCAGCCUGCGACGAGAUUAUCUUUGCUGAUGAGUGCACAGAGGCCGAAGGCCGCCAUUGGCACAUGAAGCAUUUCGCCUGCUUUGAAUGUGAGACAAUCCUGGGAGGGCAGCGCUAUAUCAUGAAGGAUGGCAGACCCUACUGUUGUGGCUGCUUUGAGUCUCUCUAUGCAGAGUACUGUGAGGCCUGCGGGGAACACAUUGGUGUCGAUCACGCUCAGAUGACCUACGAUGGUCUCCACUGGCACGCCACCGAGAGCUGCUUCAGCUGUGCCCAGUGUAAGGGCUCUCUCCUGGGCUGCCCCUUCCUGCCACACCAGGGCCGUAUUUACUGCUCCAAGGCCUGCUGUGUCGGGGAAGACGUGCACGCCUCCGACUCCUCCGACUCUGCCUUCCAGUCGGCCCGCUCCCGUGAAUCCCGGCGCAGUGUGCGCAUGGGCAAGAGCAGCCGAUCAGCCGACCAAUGCCGACAGUCGCUCCUCUUCUCCCCCUCGGUCAACUACAAGUUCCCUGGCUUCAGUGGGAACACUGACGACACCCUAACCAACAAGCUCUCCCACGUGAAUUUAUCUGACGAGCAUUUCUGGAGGGAACGCCGCGAAGAGACCGAGGCACCUGAGGACCAGGAGGAGGAGUGGGCCGAGCAUGAGGACUACAUGACUCAGCUGCUACUAAAGUUCGGCGAACAUGUGGUCUUCCAGCAAGCCAAUGACUCCAGACCCACAGAUUUCUGGACAGCUGAAAAGGAUUCCAAGUCAAAGCAAGAGACUUCAAAAGUGGGCAUUGGUGGUGUUGGAGGAAGGGGGAGUCUGGCCAGUAAGAAGUACCAGGCUGACAUGUACUGGGCCCAGUCACAGGAUGGGCUCGGGGACUCGGCCUAUGGUAGCCACCCGGGUCCGGCAAGCAGCAGAAAGAUCCAAGAGUUGGAGCUGGAUCACGGGGCCCAACGGACCUUCCAGGGAGAGGAGACACAAUGGUACAAUGACUCCUUGGAGUGCCUCACGGGCGAGUUCAAGAAGACGGAUCAGAAUGUUCGAGACUCCAUGGACUCAUUGGCACUCUCCAAUAUUACCGGGGCCUCAGUAGAUGGUGAUAGUAAAGGUAGACCUUUGGUAUACUCCCUGCAAGGCUUUCAUGAACUGGAGACAGAAGAUUGUGAGAAAAGCAGCAACAUGGGAACCCUCAACUCCUCAAUGCUACACAGAAGUGCCAAUUCCCUGAAAAGCCUUGUGUCAGAGCAAGGGGAGGUGGAGGAAAACGUCCCAGACGAAGACAAAGGGCCUCUCCCGGCAGACGUACCCAAACUCCACAUCCCUGCUCUCAGAAGGACACGGUCACAAUCUAGGCCGCAGCAAGUGAAGUUCUCCGAUGACGUGGUGGACAAUGGACAUUAUUACGAUCUCCCAGUGCGCCAACCACCUAUGAGUGAACGGACUCGCCGGCGAGCGUACCACUUCGAGGAGCAGGGCCAAGAGCCUCACGCCGGUCGCCACCACCACCACAGGAAGCAUCGCAGUCGCAAGUCUCGCUCCGACAAUGCUCUUCACCUGCUGCCCAAGGAGAGGGCCCAAAUGUGCUACAGAGCGGACCAUAGAGGGGCCGCCGUCGGCCCCAGGGGUCAGCAAGCCCUCCACAGCCACCACAGCCCUGCAGCCGUGUCAGAGUACGGGCUACAGGGCCAAGCCAUGGGGAGGCUCUUGGAGCUGUAUAGGGACGAUGAUGACUGGUGCUCCACGUGUUCUUCUUCCUCGUCGGAUUCUGAGGAAGAAGGCUUUUUCCUGGGUCAGCCAAUCCCACAGCCCAGGCCUCAAAGACACUACUACACCGAAGACUUGCCCAGCCCUGUGGCAGGAAUGUCCUCUCCUCCUCACGGCCUACGGACUAAGUCCAAAAAGAAGAAAGGGCACAAGGGGAAAAACUGCAUCAUUUCAUAAGACUUACACAAGUCGCCUGAUCCUUUGCGUUGGAUAACGCUCGGACGCUCACCUCUGCCUCUCAUGUACACUGUACAAAAUGCAAUAACACUGCUUGCUUUUUAAUGUUUUAAAGCACUCGAAAUAUACCGAGGUCUCCAUAGGGGGAUGCCCAACGUUGCAGACAUUGCCAUUAAAGUUUAGUUCAAUGUAUAUUUAUAAACCACCUUCCAAACGGUCUUAUUUAACAGCAAAUUUAUUAAUGUAUAUAUUGUAACUUUAAAAAAAUCUAAAUGGCUAUUUUUAUACCCUUACGUUAAUGAUAUUAACAUUCAAGUAUUGCCAGUAGAGCCAUUUUUCCAUAAAGCUUUCAGAAGCCAACAGGCGGACUGAGCUCUUCUAAUGUGUUUUCUUCCUGGCUCGUGCAGCACUGACAUGAGACCGCGUGUGUUUAAAAAGCCUUGUUGAGUGGUGUAUUUAUGGGUCACUGUAAUGUUAACAAAUCAUUGUAAUCUGUAUAAAUGUACAAACUGGAAUAUAAGGCUAAGAUAGAUGAUAAUUGUAAUAAAACUAUCUAUAUAUAUUCUAA